GGGGGCGAGCGCGCACCCUCUCACCACCUCACCUCGAGGCUCGGUUGUGGCUAGUGUAGUAGCACCGCAUCGCUGCCGCCUCGGACUCGCGCUUUCUCUUUCCUCCUCCUUCUUAGAGGAGUGCCCAUCCCUUCGCCCCACGCCUUGGAGUAGCGUGAACUUGCCCGGGGACUCCAAAGGGAAACGAGCUGGAAAAUGGAAAAACAGGAACCAGCAGAGUCAUCUCAAAAUACCAAACAGUCUAUUAUUUCAGAGGAGUUAAUUUCAGAAGGAAAAUGGGUCAAGCUUGAAAAAACAACUUACAGGGAUCCUACUGGUAAAACAAGAACUUGGGAAACUGUCAAACGUACAACCAGGAGAGGACAGUCGGCUGAUGGUGUGGCGGUCAUCCCAGUGCUGCAGAGAACUCUGCAUUAUGAGUGCAUCGUUCUGGUCAAGCAGUUCCGACCACCCAUGGGAGGCUACUGCCUAGAAUUCCCCGCAGGUCUCCUCGAAGGCGACGAGAGCCCGGAAGCAGCCGCCCUGCGGGAGCUGGAGGAGGAGACUGGCUACAAGGGUGAAGUCGCUGAAUGUUCUCCAGCCGUAUGCAUGGAUCCGGGUUUGUCCAACUGCACCACACACAUCGUGACAGUGACUAUCAACGGAGAUGAUGCUGAAAACGUAAGGCCGAAGCCAAAGCCAGAAUUUGUGGAGGUAAUUUCCUUACCAAAGAACGACCUGCUGAAGAGGCUUGAUGCUCUGAUGGCUGAAGAACAGCUGACAGUGGACGCCAGAGUCUAUUCCUACGCCCUGGCGCUGAAACAUGCAAACACGAAGCCGUUCGAAGUGCCCUUCCUGAAGUUUUAAGGCCAAAGGACAGUGGCUGUGUUUUUAUACACAGAACCACCAGGCCUCCUUCACUAAGACUUUGUAUUCAGCUUAGUCUUAAUGUAGAUUUGAAAUUAGCUUUUUCAUAAAAUAAAAGCAACAUAGAAUGCAUGUCGUAGUAUGGAAUUGUAAUUACAGGGAGGUUGCAGCCUUCGUUUAAAUGCUAAGCUACAGCUAAUAUUAAAGAAGAACAUAAAUGCAUGUAUGUUUAAUCCAGCUUUAAAAAACAACACAAAAAACUCAGCUGUUACUUUUGUGAUCUAGUCCAGAAUACAGUAUUUCUACAGGAAAAAAGCCCUGAAUUGCAAAUUAGGUUAACUCUUUCCACCACCCUCCUCCAAAAAAAAAAAAAAUAGCAAGGUGUGCAAGGAACUGUUGCCAUUAGUUGUUUGUUUUUUUUGAAGACAGGCCUACAGGGACUUUCUUGGCCUCUCCUAAUUGAGUUACCCACUAUAUGGAGUUAAUCUAUGUAGUGAGGGUAUAAAAUGGAAAGUAACAUUUGCGAUAAGCAAGUGUUUCCAGUUAGUGAGGGUCCUUACAGUCAGCUGAUUACGGGAGGGUGACCAGCUCUUAGAAAAACGGUUGUUGGUUAAGAGGCUAAUGAAAAGACAAAGCCCAUCCCCAAGCACGUGUAUAUACUUUAGAAUCUCAUUUCCUGUCCUUACCUCAAAGAGUACUUGAAAUUUCUAAAAACCAAAUCCAUAGGAAUAAGGUUUACAUGAUGGUUUACGUGAUGUGGGGCAUUGUCUUGGUGUUAAGCCAUGGUACAGCCACAUAACACGUAUCGGAAACCCAAUACAAUUGUUUUUAAAGGAAAAAAAAGGAUUGUGUCUGGCUCAUGCUGUGCCUAAAACCCCAUCAUCCUCAGGGGUCCACCAGCAUCACUGGCUGUUUUCUUACCUCUUGAGCUUGGUGCUUGUGUAGACUUCUGUGGCCUCCAGCAGCUCCAGGACUACUGCCUUUUCGGUGUGGCCCCGAGCAGAAGUCUCUAGAUGGUUCUCAUUGGCCAUGCCUCUGUCAUGCUUCCAGCCGUGGAUCCAGGGGUUAGCCAGGCCCCUCAGAGCCAGAGAGAAUCGGGGGACUAAUGCCAGAAAGGCUGCAGUAUAUUUUGUUUGUCUACAGGGUCACUGUCUUCCCUAGAUAUAUUUUUAGGAGCAAAAAUACAAGAUCUUUAUAUUGUACUUCCUAAACAAGAAUGUACAGAAUUAUGGAACAAGAGGACAAAGAUCAACUCUUCUCAUAAAUAUGUAAAACUCAGCCCCAACAACUUGCUCUAACAGUAGCCUUCCCCUAUGCCUCUUUAAAAAAAAAAAAAAAUCCUUGUUAUAAAUCAUCGG